AGGAGAGUGAGAAAAAAGUCCUGAAGAAUUGAGGAACUUGGAGCCGAGCGGCUCCACCUGCUUUUUCGAGACUCCGGCUUUUUGGAGCGCUUCGUCCGCACUGGCAGGGGAUCCAAACCGCUUCAGCCCACCAUGCGGGAGACCCUGUUCAAGAAGAACUUCUGGUCUACAGAUCUGUUAAGCACAACGGGAUAUGACAAUAUCAUCCAACACCUGAACAAUGGCAGGAAGAACUGCAAGGAAUUUGAAGAUUUCUUGAAGGAAAGGGCUUCUAUAGAAGAAAGAUAUGGGAAGGACCUGAUGAAUUUGUCCAGGAAGAAGCCUUGUGGGCAGACAGAGUUAAACACCUUGAAAAGAGCCCUUGAGGUUUUCAAGCAACAGGUGGAUUGCGUAGGCCAGAGCCACAUCCAGCUGGGCCAAAUGCUGCGGGAAGAAGCCAAGAAGAUGGAAGAUUUCAGGGAGAAACAGAAGCUCCACCGGAAAAAGAUUGAGCUCAUAAUGGAUGCUAUUCACAAAAACCGGAAUUUGCAGUACAAGAAAACCAUCGAAGCCAAGAGGCUCUAUGAACAGCGGUGCAGAGACAAGGACGAGGCUGAACAGGCAGUCCACCGGAGUGCAAACCUGGUCACACAAAAGCAGCAGGAAAAGCUGUUUGUCAAGUUGGCACAAACCAAGACAGCCCUGGAGGAUUCAGACAGAGUCUAUCAGGCGAAUAUCAGCGCUGUUGAGAAGAUCAGGCAAGAAUGGCAGAAUGAGCACAUCAAGGCUUGCGAGGUUUUUGAGAAUCAAGAAUGCGAGCGGAUCAGCUGCUUCCGGAACGCCUUGUGGCUUCACAUCAACCAGCUCUCUUUGGAAUGUGUCAAGAAUGACGAAAACUACGAAGAGGUCCGCAAGAGCCUUGAACAGUGCAGCAUCGAGAAGGACAUUGAAUGUUUUGUGAACCUCCGCAAGACGGGCUCCCUUCCCCCGGCACCGGUGGUCUAUGAAAACUAUUAUAAUUCACAGAAGAAUUCAGGGUCAGGAAAAAAUCAAGGCCCGGCACCUGGAAGGAGGCCACAGUUCCCUGUUCCAGGCAGCAAACCAACGGAUCCGGAGUACUCUACUGUGGAUGGUUAUAGUUUGAUACAUCACCCCUAACCUAGAAUAAAUCUUGCUGCCUUGUUGCCCGCCUGUACCUCCAUAAGGAAAGAAAGAAUGCAAGAAAGAAAGAAGAAAGACUCUGCUUUUCAAUUUACUUUUUUCUUUCUCUUUUUAAAAAGAUUUCACACACACACACAAAAGAGAUCACAAAAAGGACACAUUUUUAAAAGACACGAAGACCUCAUGAUUUCUUGGGUGAUGUGAGUAGAGGAAUCUUUAAGCACCACAUUGUCGGAGGUGCAAAGCCUGUGUUUGGAUCACUAGUGUCUUGAGUAAGUCGCCAUCGUUGUACCUAACCUACCUCACAGGGUUGUUGUGGGGACAAACAAGAGACAACCUCUUUAGGUUGUCUUAAACUUUUUGAAGGAAAUGUUGGACAGUAUUGUGAAAACUAUUACGUGCCACAUGAGCCUAAGGGAGAAACGGAUAUGCACGGAGGUGGCUUUUUGAAAGCAUUUGAUCUUGUUCUGUUGGACCUGAGUACGGAAGGAGUGAAGGAUCCUAAAUUAUCUUAAACAAUAAAAUGUUAAGAAGAACCAGAAGAUUCAUUGUGCAUUCAUCACUGUAAAUGGAUGCACGGUAAUCAAAUGCCAGUGCCAAUAUUUGGGGUAAUUGCAAUUGUGCAUUGUUAUGUGGACCCAGAAUUCAUCUUCCAAUAGUCCUCAUGGUUUUUGCAAGACAGAAAAAAAUGUGUAGCAUUCACUGCUUCAAGUCUAAAGAAAUCCACAAUGAAGGUUUCUGUGCUCCCUGUACAUUCUUAUAAUUCCUUUUGGGAAAGUGGAGAUUAUGUUGUUGGGCUACAAUGCCCAACUAUGUUACAUAGGGUUUCUUGCACUUGCAGUUGGACAUUUGGAGACCCAAUGAUUCCCACUUAUAGCCUUUCCCAUACAUAGCCUUUCAUUCUCCCCUUCCCAUAACAUCCUAUUUCAUCUCAUAACCCCAGCAUACUCUUCCUUUGAGGAAAGGAUUUUUGUUUGAAGUUGUAUUCUUUAAUAAACCUAUGUAGAGCUCUAACUUAA